AUGGCAAGGGAAUACAAGCAAGCGCACAUGAUGAAAGCAUGGGGGAAGCAAGGGAAGGGGAUUGGGGGAAGCAGGGAACGGGAUGGGGGGAAGCAGAGAAGGGGAUGGGGGGAAGCAGGGAACGGGAUGGGGGAAAGCAGGGACGGGGAUGGGGGGGAGCAAGGGAAGGGGAUGGGGGGAAGCAGGGAAGGGGAUGGGGGGAAGCAGGGAACGGGAUGGGGUGAAGCAGGGGAAGGGGAUGGGGGGAAGCAGGGAACGGGAUGGGGGGAAGCAGGGAAGGGGAUUGGGGGAAGCAGGGAAGGGGAUGGGGGGAAGCAAGGGAAGGGGAUUGGGGGAAGCAGGGAAGGGAGGGAUGGCGAGGGCAACGUGGAGUGGAUGGGAGGGCGAGAGAGAGGGAGAUUGCGAGGGGACGAGCGGGAAGGAGGGCGACGAGACGAAGGGGGGAAACGGGCGGAAGGGAGCGCGACGAGGGGAAGGAAGGGCGGCGGGCACAAGGGAGCGCGACGAGCGGAAGGAAGGGCGGUGGGCGGAAGGGAGGGCGACGAGGGGAUGGAAGGGCGGCGGGCAGAAAGGAGUGCGACGGGCGGAAGGGAGUGCGACGGGCAGAUAGGAGAGCGACAGGCGGAAGGGAGGGCAACGAGCGGAAGGGAGGGCGUCGGGCGGAAGGGAGGGCGGCGAAUGGAAGGGAGAGUCGAGGUGAAGCGUGGGCGGUGUAAGGAAGCGUGGGCGGCGUAA